CCGUUGGGCGGCCUAUCGAAGCCCCUCCCUCAGGGCCUUCCACCGCCCCAACCCAGCCAACCGUUCUUGCUGCGGCGACUCAUGUGGAGCUUCGGACUCCUGCGGUCGCCGCCGCUGCUGCUUCUGCUGCCGCAGCUCGGAAUCGGGAUAAUCGCCGCCUCACGCUGUCACGCCGGAACCAUGAACUUGGGCGGCAGCACCUCUGCGCGAUGCUCCCCCUCGGCCGAGGGGCGCCGACGCCACUGCCUGCGGCUGUCCACGGUGCCAGGAGCCGAUCCGCAGCGCACCAACGAGUUGCUCCUGCUGGCGGCGGCGGAGGGGCCCGAACUGCGGGAUCUCCCUGGGGACCGGACGGAGGAGCUGCCGCCGCCGCCCCAGCAUCACGUUCUCUAUCUCCCAGGGGAUGUGCAGAAUUAUCAUGAAAUUAUGACUCAUCAUCCUGAGAAUUAUCAGUGGGAAAACUGGAGUCUAGAAAAUGUUGCCACCAUUUUAGCCCAACGGUUCCCCAAUAGUUAUAUUUGGGUGAUAAAGUGUUCCCGAAUGCAUUUACACAAAUUCAGCUGCUAUGACAAUUUUGUGAAAAGUAAUAUGUUUGGUGCUCCAGAACACAGUACUGACUUUGGAGCUUUUAAGCACCUUUAUAUGUUAUUAGUUAAUGCUUUUAACUUAAGUCAGAACAGUUUGCUAUCAAAGAAGAAUGUGAAAGAUUUGAAUAAGGACUCCAAAGCAUCUAAUUAUAGAUCCAGUUCUUCUCAUACUACUAAUGGUUGUCAGGGAGAAAAAGAGAGCCCCUGUGAAAACUUUGAUGAGUCUGCCAUGACUUUUUAUCCACCAUCACUAAAGGGUGCUUCUUUUACUUUGAUUGGAUUCAGUAAAGGUUGUGUUGUUCUGAAUCAGUUACUUUUUGAAUUGAAAGAAGCUAAGAAAGACAAGAACAUAGAUGCUUUUAUUGACAGCAUAAAAACAAUGUACUGGCUGGAUGGUGGACAUUCUGGAGGAAGCAAUACUUGGAUUACUUAUCCAGAAGUCUUGAAAGAAUUUGCACAAACAGGGAUUAUUGUUCACACCCAUGUAACACCUUACCAAGUACGUGAUCCAAUGAGAUCUUGGAUUGGAAAGGAGCACAAGAAAUUUGUUCAGAUACUUAGAGAUUUUGGUAUGCAGGUGACUAGCCAAAUUCAUUUUGUAAAGGAAGCUCCUUCCAUAGAGAAUCACUUCAGGGUUCAUGAAGUAUUUUGAGACUACAGAAUGUACUUCGAGAAUAUUAAUGUACUUGUUCAGUGGAAGAGAAAAAGCACUUUUGAGUUUUACAAAUUCAGAUAAUGAGAUGUAAUUCAUAGAUAAUACAUCCAUUUGGGUGGGGCAGGGAACACAUUCCUAAAAUAUGAAUAUAAUGUGCAAUAGUAUUUCUUGCUUAUGAAUGUGAACAGUUUUUAAUUUGGACUGGGUUAGAAUUAGUUUGAAAUCUAGGUUUGUGAUAAUCCUAUGAGGAGAUCUAUAAGACCCUUCAUGAAAGUUACAAUAUAGUCCUUAUAAAAGGUAAUUAAAAUUGUUAUUGUUGGAAAUAGUUUAUUUUCUGAGUAAUGCUCAAAACUAAUUUUGGUGGCAUUUUAACAGUAAUUAGCGGUUUGGGUACUGAAAACUUUUGGGUAGAAACACUCCAUUUCUCUUAAAACAAAGUAAAAGCACAUGGAUAUUUUCCAUCAUUUUGGAAUAACUGUACUCUGCCUUUAUGUUUUGUAAACUCAUAGAAUCAUUCUUUAGUGUGCCACUGAGUGUUUUUUCUCAAGAGUCAAUAUACUUGUUUCCAAAUAUCCAAGAAUGUGCAGUACUGUAAAGUUGGUUUUUAAAAACAUUACACCUAAGCACUGUGGCUAAAAUUUUAAUUGACAAAUUUUGGCUAAGAUAUUUUGGAGUUUCUUAAAUCUUGGCCAAAAACCAGUUCUUUUGGGAACAUCGUUUUAAAGUGAACAUAAUUAUGUAUAUUGGGUAAAAAUAUAUUAAAGAUUGAAAAAUUUUUAUAUCAGUCUUUUGAGAGAGAUCAACUUAGGUAAAAUAAAUAUAUAACACUCUAUUUGUUAGUGUUCUCUUGACAAGGGGACAGAUUCUAUAGAUCUAAGUCAGUGUUUCUCCAGAAGCAUGGUUCUGUCUGCCAAAAGAAAGCAGCUCUCUUUGGCCAGAAUGCAAAAAUUAUAUUGCUAUAAGAAAAGUUACAAGGGAAAGUUUGAAGAAACAUAAUUUAAUUUUGGCUCAAAAACUGAAUUUGCUUAACACUGCUACAUAAUUUGGGUGAGGUUUCCUUCUGCCUGUUUUUCUUGACCUAGAUAAAUACAUUUUGAGAAACCAAGAUCUAAUUAAUGUCAACCAACAUUAAAACAUUGCUCUGUGUUUAAAAGGUGAGUGGUCACUUUAUUUAAAUCUAGCUUUUGCAGGGCCUGAAAUAAAGCAGGGAAGUAACAUGCUGCUUUCAGACUGAAAAAGACAAGCUUAAUAUCUUAAUAACCGGGAAGACCUAAAUUUAUAAAACAAUAUAGAGUGAAAAUGUUAAUUGUCUUUUCCCCCCCAAAUUGUAUUUUAAUGACUAUAAACACAUUCCAAAUAUCCAGGGACUUAUGAGAAAGGAUUCUUAUUGAAUGAGUAUAAAUAGCAUCCUUUAAUUCUAUAAAUUACAGAAUAGUAUCGAGUUUUUAUUGUUGUUUUUCUUUUAGGAUAAAGUAGUUUUAUAAUGCUUCAGUUCCUUUAAAUACCUGUUUCUUUUGAGACCAAAAACUGGUAUCAAGGAAACUAGUCAGCCUGAUUCCAGCAUUUUAUUACCUUAAAGCAUUAUAAUUUAUUGACUUAUUUUAAGGUUUCAUAAUCCUUGGUUAAAUUCAUGUGUAUCUGGUACAAAAUAGCUAAAUUACUGAAUGCUUUAAUGAGUGUGGAAGGAAAGGCAUUUAUUUUUGUAUGAUUAAAAUGGAAAAAGUAGGACUUUCAGCAGGAUUCUCAUUAUAAAACACCUGAGAUACUUAAAAAUGUGGGUUCUUUCACUAUCAAGUCAUGUGAAUGCUUAAUUUUUUAUAUAUGUUCAAUGGAUAUUA